CGCGCCGGCUCCUCAGGCGGGCUGCUUGAGAUGCUGGGGAAGUGGCGGUUGGCGCGUCGGAGACGCAAGUUCUACUGAAGAAACAGCUGUUACUGCCGCGGGCUUGCGAGCUCCGCUGCGUCCUUCCGGCUUCAGUGAUGGCUCAUGAAACAAUGGAAUAUGAUCUUCAGGUACAGUUAGAUCAUCAUGCUGCAGAACAGCCUGCUGCUGCUGAAGUGGUCAGCAGCCAAGGGGAACCACACCUGUUGCAGCCUGCUCCUGCUGAAGUGGACAGCAGUCAGGGGGAACCGCACCUGUUGCAGCCUACGUCAGAGGUGUCCAUUGACCUGACAGAGGAAGAGGACCUCUCGGGAGAAGGGAAUGUGGAGAACACCAAUCCAGGAGCUUCAGAGGCGCGCAGGCAGGGAUCUGGUGCUAACCGCGUCAUCCGAGUGGCUUCAGUGGAUUCAAUGAGCACCUUCAUCAGUGGGCUACAGAGACUGCAUGGCAUGCUGGAAUUCCUGAGACCACCUUUAAACCACAACGUGGGGCCAGUGAGAGCCAGGAGGAGGAGGGGGUCUACUUCACGAAGGGCAAGAGCCGGAGGGUCUCAGAGGACAGCCAGUGCCAGGUCCAGAGCCCCGUUGGAUGCUUACUUUCAAGUGAGCAGGACCCAGCCUCAUUUGCCAACUACCUCUGAUAACUCAGGGGCUAGUAAUCCUGUCUCUGAAGACUUGCAGGUAUCAAGUAAUUCUGAUUCUGACAGCGACAGUUCUGUAGAGUAUGAAGAGGUUGUUGUCCAGGAAGAGGAACCUGGAACUGUCGUUUUAGAAGCAGAACAACCAGGAGGUAUUUCAGCAGAGCAAGAAGUUAUAUGUAUUGAUGGAAGAGAGACCCCCCCCAAGCAGCAGUCUUCCCAGAAGUCUAGCUCUCUUCUACCUUCAGCUUCUACAGAUGAGGAAGAAGGGGAUACUUGCACAAUAUGUUUAGAACAGUGGACCAAUGCUGGGGAUCACCGGCUCUCAGCAUUACGCUGUGGGCACCUCUUUGGGUAUAAGUGCAUUUCUAAGUGGCUCAAAGGACAGGCACGAAAAUGUCCUCAGUGCAACAAGAAAGCCAAGCACAGUGACAUUGUUGUCCUUUAUGCCCGAACCCUGAGAGCUUUGGACACUAGUGAACAUGAGCACAUGAAAAGUUCCUUACUAAAGGAGCAGACGCUGAGGAAGCAGGCUGAGUUAGAAUCAGCACAGUGCCGGCUCCAACUUCAACUCCUCACUGAUGAAUGCACUAAGCUUCAUAGUCGUGUCCAGGACUUGCAAAAACUUAUUCUGCAGCAUCGGGAUCAGAUUUUACAGAAAGCCAGGAGCUCCCACAUACGUUUCCUGAAGGGCCUGCCCUCCAGCCAGAGCCAGCACAAGUAUCACUUCCAGAAGACCUUCACAGUGUCUCAGAGUGGAAACUGCCGAAUCAUGACAUACUGUGAUGCUCUGAGCUGCUUGGUGGUGUCACAGCCUUCUCCUCAGGCCUCUUUCCUUCCAGGCUUUGGUGUUAAGAUGUUGAGUACUGCCGACAUGAAAAGCAGUCAGUACAUUCCUAUGCAUAGCAAACAGAUCCGCGGACUGGCUUUCAGCAUUCGGUCCAGAGGCUUACUUCUCUCUGCUUCCCUAGACAACACUAUUAAACUGACCAGUCUGGAAACAAAUACUGUGGUCCAGACUUAUAAUGCUGGACGUGCUGUCUGGAGCUGCUGCUGGUGUCUUGAUGAAACCAAUUACAUGUAUGCUGGAUUGGUCAAUGGUUCAGUUCUGGUAUAUGACCUUCGAAAUACAAGUUCUCAUGUCCAGGAGUUAGCACCUCAGAAAGCCAGAUGCCCGCUGGUGUCUCUCUCAUACAUACCCAGAGCUGCCUCGACUGCAUUUCCAUAUGGCGGAGUGUUGGCUGGAACCUUGGAGAAUGCUUCCUUCUGGGAGCUAAAAAUGGGCUUUUCUCAUUGGCCUCAUGUGCUUCCCAUGGAGCCAGGGGGCUACAUAGACUUUCAGACAGAGAGUACCACCCGACACUGUCUUGUGACCUACCGGCCUGAUAAAAAUCACAACACCUUACGAAGUGUGCUGAUGGAGAUGUCCUACAAGCUAGAUGACGCUGGAGAGCCCAUCUGCUCCUGCCAUCCUGUACAGACAUUCCUUGGGGGACCCACUUGCAAACUACUGACCAAAAAUGCCAUUUUCCAAAACCCAGAGAAUGAUGGCAGCAUCCUGGUGUGCACUGGGGAUGAAGCAUCAAAUUCGGCCAUGGUGUGGGAUGCUGGCACUGGCUCGUUGCUACAGGAUCUGCGUACUGAUCAGCCUGUCCUGGACAUCUGCCCAUUUGAGGUGAACCAUAGCAACUGCUUGGCGACCUUAACAGAGAAGAUGGUCCACAUCUAUAGGUGGGAGUGACCCUCGUCUUGGAACUUAUCAGGCAUGCUGCUGGUUAAUGUUACAUGUCGUUUGCUAGCACCCAGCAGCCUUGAGCAAGAUCCCUGCUUAGAACUUUUGGGAACAUGGUUCCUUUGGAUUAGUAUGAUUCCAAGAAUCCAACUCAUUGAAACAGUACAGCUUGUGUAUUUGCUGUGCACAUGAACCAUGUAAGUGACUGGUACUCUGUCUACAUUAUUCAUUUCUUGAGUUAAAAGCGUUCAUAAAUCUUUGUUGAGAAUAUGUAUUUUCACUGAGACUGUCUGCUGGACUUCAGAGUAUCCUCCCAGUAGUCAUUUAGGAUAUGAUUGUGCACCAGCCAUUUUCUGGGACAUGUGACACCCUGCUUGAGUCGCCUUGUCCCUUAGGCUAUUUACUUUAGGAAUGCUUAUGUCCCUGGAGGGACUAACCUUGAUGCACCUUGGAUACAGCGAGGAUGCAGAAGUCUUCAGUUGAACAUAAGAGGGCACUAUAGAACCUAGGGUAGGAUUUGAUCUAUUUCUGACCUUGUGGGCUGACAACCUUUAGUAACUUGGUCUCAUUCCCACAGAAGUAUGUGAUGAAAUAUACCUGGUAUGCUUUGUGGCACCCACAGUUAUGUUCCAGGUGUGCAGUGCUGGGAUAUUGACAAGCCUGGUGAUGGGGGCAGCUGAUGGAGGAGCUGUAGACACUUUCCUAAUGCUGAGUGCAUUAUGUUCGUCACAUUUGUAGAAGCCCAGGAGAGAGACUAGUUGUUUGAGCAAUGGGGAAGACUCCUCUUUUUCCUAGUUAGCCUAGGAUCUCAGGAAUGGUUUGAUGUAGGCCAACGCUUUGAAGACCACUUCUUUUCCCUCUCACUGGGAAAAGAGCGAUGUGUUUAAGCUCUUACUUGAGUCUCCCAGUAUCAUAUCAGGAGCAUGAGCUAACUAAGAGAGACUUAGAAAAGAGAAUCAACUCAGAUUGCUGCUGAAAACAAGAAGGGCUUGUCUCUUCCAUUCUGAAAGUGUUCCAACUGAAUAAAACCAACUCUUCGGAGUGAGGGGCCAUUCUUGAGCAUGUUUAGAAUUCCCAUGUAAAACCUUCCGGUGUGAAACUGAUGUUUGAUACCAAGUUCUUUUUAUUUGCCUCCCUUCCUAACCUUUUCUAAAAUUAUUGUUAAUAAAGUGGUUAUUCUCAGGAAUAUAAUAGUGGUUGGAGACCUGUGGAUUGCAGGGAGAUGGCCACCAACUUCCAUUCUAACCCUGGAUUGUCCAACUUUGGGUGUUACAUUUUCCUCCAGUAGAGGGCUAAGUUUAUAUGUGUUUGCUUUACCUAAGGUUACUCUGCUAAAUAGGUGUCCAUAAUGAAACACAUGCUUCAAGGUGUGAGUGGUCAGUAUACAGUUCUUGGGAGCAGGAAAGCUAAGAGUGUGAUUUUCUUAAAUAAUUAUUGUAGAAAUGUUAUUUUUAUUUUAAAACACUUAUGACCUAUCAGCUGCUGAGCUGUUUCUAGCAUUUCUCACCAGCAAGGGGUUAUUGCAGAUUUACCCAGAGUUCCACGUUCUAGUUGUGCCUUUUAAAGUGUGGCCUCCUUCUAUUUAAGGAUACCUUACAAAAAGCCAUUUUUCAGGGCCUGGGAAAGAGCCCCCUUUUCUCAGAGGAGAUACUCCUUUUGAUAUGACUGUCCAGCCCUAGAGCUUCAGUAGCAGAAUGGGAUUUGAAUUAAAAAGCAGAACUCACCUGGUUUCAGCAGAUUGUUAGAGAGAGGGAUGCAGGUAGUCAGACCUUGGCUGCCUUUUGUCUUGAGCAGGGUUAGGAUUUGACUAGCUUUGAAGUAUACACAAUGGAUGCUGAUUGAUUCCCCUAAGUGUAGGAACCAAGGGACUUAUUACCAGGGAAGUUGGGUGAAUCUCACCUCUUGCCAGUCCUGGCAUUCCUCUAGUAAAUCUGGAUGUUUUAGAAACAAAUUCAUGUGACUGUUUUCUCCAAAGGAAGAAACAUUAUCCCCAGCCACCCCCACCCUCUCUGCUUGACAAGAGAUUGCCUCUGUAGAUGCAGACUCUGCCCCACCACAUUUCCUUAUUCCUGUCUGUAAGGUGGUUUUCCCAUUUGAUGAUUUGGAGUUAAGCAAACUCAAAAUAUCUCGUCGUGUAUGUCUUUGUACCUGCUUUGAAAACUGGGAAGUGGGGUCUCUGCUUGUGUUCUGUGUUUGAAUAUUUGUGUUUUAUAUUUUAAUGUUAAUAUGAAAAUAAAGAAUUUGCCGUGU